AUGGAAGGAGCCGAGGUGGACAGGCCCCUACAAGGUGACCGAGAGGGCUUUGCAUGCAGGCUCGAAGGAAAAGGAGACGUGGUUUCACUGGGGCCAGUUGAUGGAGGGGAUGGACACCCAGAUCAGCAGGCAGAGGGGACGGACACCCAGACCAGCAAAAGGGGGGCUCUGCUGAACCUCCGCAUCGGGAAGGCAGACCUCCUCUGUCACGAGGCGAAGUAUGGCUCAAAGAAGUUUGACUAUGACAGCAGCACGGUGAGGAAGCGUUUCUUCCGAGAGGCUCUCCUCCAGAUCUUCAUCCCCUACAUGCUGAAGCAGCUCGGCCCGUCCUGCGCCUCUGAGCUUCCACGCUUCCAGGAGCUGAUCUUUGAGGACUACUCCUGCUUCAUCCUGGUGGAGAACAUCUUUGAGGAGGUGGUUCUGCAGUCCGUUAUGAAAGACAUCAUGAUGACUGUGAAGGAGGCAGCCGUCCAGAGGAGACACAACCUGUACAGGGACAGCAUCGUCCUCAGCAACAGCGACCCCAACCUUCACCUGCUGGGUGAUAACCCAUCUAUUGACUGGGCCCAGAAGUAUGGAGAAGGAGAACCAGGGGAGGAGUCUGAUGCAGAGUCAAAGAGGAGAAGGAUGAAGCAGGUGGUGUCCAUGAUCCAGGAGGAGAGUCCUACCUUCAUUCAUGGGGAGUCGUGUGUAGAAGUGCCCAAUGUCAACGUCAUUGUGGAGGAGAAUGCUGACCAGAAAGAAUGUGCAGAUUCCAAACUGUCAGGGAGCCCUUCAGGCAUGUCCAGCAGCUCCAUUGUGAAAGAGGAAGCUGUCAAAGCAGAGGAAACGCCAGAGGAGAUUGAAGCAGCCACUGAUGGUGCUCCAGGUGAAGGAGAUGAGGGAAAAGAAGAACCUAAACAGCCAGUGUUGGUGAAGGAGGAGUUCUCAGAGGAGGCAGCACUUCCACUUCCUCACACAUCCAACGGUUCUGUUUUAAAGGGAACUGAAGCCGGACCAGAGGAACCUUGUGAAGAAGACACCCUGCUGAAAGUUGGAUCUGACACAGAGUCAGUCAAAGAGGAGAAGCAAGUCAACCAGACAGUGGUGGAGGAGGCACUGCCCCACACACAGGAGGAGCCAUCCUCAUCUCCUCUAACUGAGGAACCACCAUUUGAAGCUGCAGAACCGGCUCCAGCGGCCACCCCCGCCCAGCGUCCACACGAUGACAGCGGCUUCCAGUCUCCCACCAACGAGGAGGUGAAGCAAUGGGAGGCAGCCUCCUGCACACCUGACCCACAGCCCUAUGAGGAGCCCCCCAUGAAGGAGGAGAUGCAUAAAGCUGUGGCAGCAAACAAAGAGCCUGGACCGAACUACUCGGAUAUCCAGAACCAGUGAGGAACCCGAACUGAACCAGUUUUUUUAACAAUAAAGGACAAUUUCUGGCUCAGAGGCUCACAUGAGCCUGGAGGACCCCAAAUUUUUCCUUUACCUUCACCUGGUAGAGCAUGAGCACCAUGGACGGCCUGGUGUCCAUAACUGUGUGUUGGAGCACCAAGUUCACGGUGCUGCUGGUGAUUUGACCAAACCUCUGCGCUCUUCAGGAACCUGCAGUAGUUAGAUGUUUAGGACUAAAACUCAGAUUGAUGAGCUGCUUGGACCAAGUGUAAAAGAACAAAUCCAGUUGAUUUUUAAUUUUUUUAUUUUUGUUAAAUGCUGGGCUGCAGGAGGAACAUGAAAUGCAGAAAUGUUUCCUUGAAUUUGUGUCUAUGACCAUCUCAGAUAACUUGUAGAGCCUUUCUAAGAACAACCAACUUGUCAUUUGACACAUUAUUUUAAAUCAUUUCAUACAUAUGUUCACUGCUUAUUUCUUUCACCUAUUAUUUAUUAUUUUG